GAGAAAUGAAUACUAAGACAUCAUCACCAUAAAAAUAUGUAAGUUUCAUGUUCAUUUGCCAUGUCAAUAAUCUAGCUUCUGUUAAGUAUAAAUGACAUGGAAUCAAAGUAAUAUUGUUUUUGAAAAGAAACACAUUCAAGUCCUGUUCCUUUUCAAAACAGGACCAAUCUUUAUGAGAUACAUAAAUAAAGGAAAUAUAAGACUAACAUAGAACCACUUGCAUAUUGACAAAUCAAGACUUUCCUAUUAAGCUUGCCUAAUUCCUUGCAAUUGAAAAUGAUAUCUACCUUUUUAUGGUAACUUAUAUAGAACAUAGGUAUGCAAAUGGUGAGUGGGGACAACCAACCACAGUCCAAAUCUAGGACAGUUCAACCCUCUUUUGAGUAAUGCAAUUAUUGCAGCUUGCAAAGCAAUGGACAGUCUUUUCUUCUAAGUGGACAGUUCUCCACAAAUAUUAAUCUCUUUCGGCUUCCUGUUUAACUUUUCUUCUUUUCUUAUCUUUGUUUGGCAAUCCUUUCACUAAUUUAAUCUUUUUAAAGGACAACAUUCUAAUAGCGUAAGCUUGAUGUCUAACAGUGUAUGCAAAGCAAAGCAAUGGCAUGCACCCAACUUUUCAACUGUCUCUACAUACUCUCUAGUCUAAAACACAUUUAUGCUUUCUUUAUUUCAUUGUAAUUUGGUUCUGAGGUCUCUCUCUAUCUCACACGCUCAACACAUACAUAGAGACAAAUCUGGACCAUAAACUUCUGAGCUAGCUACUUUAAUUUUCUAGCUAUAAAGUGACCAAUAAAAUAGUGUAUCAAAUACCCUAAACACCUUUUUUUAUUCUCUUUCACCCUCAAAGUUAUAUAUUUGUUGCUUCACUUACAAAAUUCACAAUCAAGACCUCGUGUACCUUUUUCCAUCAACUCCGACUUCCUUAUAAGUACUUGCAGCAACCUGUUACAGCUCUCAUCAGUCUUCCUCAUCAGAUAAAGUUGCCCUUUUUGGUUCUUUAAUCAACACCAGUUGUAGAAGCUUCAACAAAUGGAGUCAAGCAAUUUACAUGCUGAUCGAAGGGCAGAUAGAAAGAUAAUAAUAAGAUACACGGAAUGUCUGAAGAACCAUGCAGCUUCAAUUGGUGGCAAUGCAACUGAUGGUUGUGGCGAGUUCAUUGCUGAUGGAGAAGAAGGCACGCUUGAGGCUCUCAGAUGCUCGGCUUGCAACUGCCACAGAAACUUCCACAGAAAAGAGAUAGAGUCUUCUGAUUCCUAUAUCACUCCUCUGAUGAUUAUUCCUGACACUACUCAGAUAGGGCCUAUUUUGGCUCAGUUAUCUCCCCACAAAAGUGGUUCAAUUAGUCCUUCUGAUGUGUCUGAUGAGAAGGACUGUGAAAACGGGAUGACAAAGGAGGUGGGAAAUAAUGCAACUGAAAAGGUGAAGAAGAGGUUUAGAACCAAGUUCACACAAGAACAAAAGGAGAAGAUGUUUCUUUUUGCAGAAAGAGCAGGGUGGAGAAUACAGAAGCUAGAUGAAUCUGUGGUGCAAAACUUUUGCCAGGAGAUUGGAAUCAAAAGAAGAGUCCUCAAAGUGUGGAUUCACAAUAACAAGAACACUUUUGCCAAGAGAAAUCCCUCAACUAGCUAACUUAGCAUGAUACAACAUCUUUGCUUUGUCUCAUUAUUUCCAUUUGUUUGAAGAUUUUUUCCCCAGUGUUUUGUUAUAGACCCUUCCUAAUUUUCUCCCCUUUUAUGCAGUGUUUUCUUUGAAGGAAAUGCAACAUUCGAAUAUUAAUUUUAGA